GUACUCACUGUCCUCAGCGCGUUCAGUCGAUCAGCAUCGCUCGAUGGCGGCGGUCACGUGGCCCAAUUAAAAAUUUUGUGCGCGUAAUUUUAAUUUACAUAAAAAACACACCACAAAAAUUUUUUGAAAUUCGAAUAAAUCGGAAGUGAUAUUAUUGGUGAAAGAGUGCAUAUAGUACCUGAUUUCACACCACAGUUGAGCGAUCAACUCAAGAGGGUGAUAUGCCACGAGUGAUGCGACUCUGAAGUCUAAGCCAUGUCGACCGAGUACCUGAACGGGGGCCGGCCGGGGCCCCUCACCCGCGAGAUCCCGGAGUGCAUGCGCGACAAGUUCAGCACGGUGCAGAGGUUAUUCGAGCUCCUCUCGCUGUGUAUAUUCGCCGCGGGGUGUGUUAUACAGGCGAUAUAUCGUAGUAUAGUGGGUUACAAGAAGAAAGAUCUGAGCGACAAGAUAGCGCUGGUGACGGGCGGCGGCGGCGGGCUGGGCAGCCUCAUAGCUCUGCGGUUAGCGCGCCUCGGCUGCGUGGUGGUACUGUGGGAUAUUAAUAAGCAAGGGUUGGAAGAUACUGUAAAGUUGGUGAAGGGGGUGGGGGGAAGGUGCUACGGGUUUUACGUGGACCUGGCCAGCAGAGAAGAUAUCUACCGUGUCACCAAGAAGGUCCAGGAGGAGGUUGGCAGAGUGUCGCUACUUGUGAAUAAUGCCGGUGUGCUGUCCGGACACUACUUCCUGGAGACACCAGAUAAUCUCAUACAGAGGACGUUCGACGUCAACAUACUCGCCCACUGCUGGACGGUUAAGGCGAUGCUGCCAGCCAUGAUAGAACACAACGACGGACACAUCGUGACGAUCGCGUCAAUGGCCGGCCACGUCGGUGUGUCCAAGCUAGUCGACUACUGCUCGUCGAAGUCAGCAGCUUGCGGCUUCCACGACGCAUUGUCUACAGAGCUGAACCAGAUUGGAGCGACCGGGGUCCACACGUCGCUAGUGUGCCCAUACUUCAUCCGAGCCACGGGAAUGUUCGAGACUGUUAAUUCUAGUAUUGUGCUCUCCAGGUUGGUGCCGACGCUCAGCUCGAACGAGGUGGCGGACCGCGUGGUGCACGCCAUCCGCACGAACGAGCCGGUCGCCAUCAUACCCGCCUACUUCCGCUGGUUCAUGCCAUUCAAAUGGCUUUUACCAUCGGCUGUGACAACAGAAGCGAUCAAAAGAUUGGUACCAGAUGCCGUACCAACGCCCUUGCCAGCGAAAAAUGGCAAACCUGCCGAACUUGAUACGAAAGAACAACAUCAACCGAAGAAAGAUUCCCGACCGAUGCUACUUCAUACCGAAGGGUACGAUAGGCAAGUCAAUAGACUUUAAAGUAAUAGUGAGGGUGAACGAUCAAACUUGAAGUAAAAAUCUUGCAAAAAUCUAAUUUUACCGUAUUUGUAUAGAAUAGCAUAGCGUUUGAAAGUGUGACAGAAGCGCGUGUUUUUAUUUUCUGUACCAAAAAUCUGUAAUAGAGUCGAUAUUUUCCCUACCUCACAUUGUUUAUGUUUAAUUUAUGUUACGGUCUAUCACGCAGUUUCAAAAUAGAAUGGCAUUUAUAAAGCUUAUGUGUUAUAGUAUUUUUAUGUUAAUAUGAUUUUUUAAGUUUCUAUAUAUUAUAAUAUUAUGUACAAAGAAGUGGUUGAAACAAAGUUAUAAAUUUUGUAGCCAUUUUAUGUUGAUUUGGUAUAGAUAUUUUCUGUACAUAUUUUUGAAACCACUUCGAAUAUCACUUCUGUGAUGCAACGUAUCGUCACCUUACUAUAAA